AUGGCCCUGCUCUCAAAAGUUGUCCCUCUCGUCAUCUUCUUCAUCGUCCUCACCGUCGCUGCGUCCAUCGGCUAUGCGGUAUACACAAUCGCUACGGAUGUAGCCGAGAAGACGUCGAAGAAGAUGGAGAAGAAGAAUAUCAGUUUUGGCAAGGACGGCAUGAAGAUUGGUAUCAAGGAAGUCAGGAACGAGAACUAUGUUGAUCAGACACAGAGCCUACUGGUAAAGGCCUGGAAUUACUCGAGCUGGCCGGCGUACAAAUCGCGGUUCUGGAACAAGGAGAACGAGCCGCCACAGAAGGCGCAAGCGAGAACACCAUUUUCUCGCUCGGCGAGUUCAGGCAAGGCAAAGGCAUGA